AUGGGCUCCAGGUUGGAAGAAAAAUCCAAGCUGGUUCGCAAACGGAUCGAAGGCCAUACCUUCCAAGAUGAAGGCGGCGAGGAGUAUGAAGGCAGCAAGUUUGGAGGAUUCUCUGACUACUUCCGCCGGAAGAAGAUCAAGCUACAGAAUCUCGAUGCCGAAGUGAGAGCUCAGACGUCCGACAAGCCGCAGAUCUUCAAGGGAGUGACUUGUCAUGUGAAUGGGUAUACACAACCCUCACUCAACGAUCUGCAUACCAUGAUCGUCCAGCAUGGCGGUGGCUUCCUGCAAUACUUGGACGGCAAGACCAUGGUCACGCAUAUCAUAGCCUCGAACCUUACGCCAAAGAAGAAGGAAGAGUUCAGACGGUACCGCAUAGUCAAGCCUGCGUGGGUGGUUGACAGCGUGAAAGCUGGAAAGCUGCUUCCUUGGAACGAGUACCGCAUGCUGGAUGAAGGUGUUGCGCAGAAAGUGCUCGGCUUCGAGAAUGGUCAGGUCGUGACUCAAGCGAACCGUCGGACUCAAGGCUAUCGAGAGCAGACCGAUGCGAGCUGGUAUACUAGCCAGUUCAAUGCUGCAUCUUCGACUGCCGGGCCGAGCAAGCCUGCUUUCGCCACGCAGACUGUGACUCCUUCUGAGGAGAUCGAAGACGACGAUGACUUUCCCUUGCCUGAACAAGCUGAGCCUCUCCCUGCCGAGCCAUCCACUGACCUGCAAACUCCGCCACCCACGAGUCCGCCUCCGCAUCAUUCGCCUGCAACACGCGACGAACCGGCGCAGACGAGGAAGCGCGAAUGGGAAGGUCUAGAACCGGACUACUCGAUGGCUGUGGUCAAAAACUCCAACGUCUGGGACUCUGUGUCGCCGUCGAAACUUGCCGCAAUGACUGCAGAGCAACAUAACAGCUUGAUCCUCUCGGAUCCGAACAUUCGCAAAUCGACUGUGGUCAACCCUGGAUUUCUGCAGCAAUACUACGACCAAUCUCGCCUUCAUCACCUUUCGACCUGGAAGGCAGACCUCAAAUCACAACUUCAAGCCAUUGCUGCGGAGACAUCGGCCUCUCAAAAGUCCAGGCAGAAACGACUACCAGGGCAACGACGCUACGUCAUGCACGUCGACUUUGACAGCUUCUUCGCGGCUGUGUCGCUCAAGAAGCACCCUGAGUACAAUGACAAACCAACUGUCGUUGCGCACGGAAAUGGCUCGGGCUCCGAAAUUGCAAGUUGCAACUAUCCCGCCCGCAAGUUCGGCAUCAGCAACGGCAUGUGGAUGAAGCGGGCGUUAGAGCUUUGCCCAGAGCUGAAGAUCUUACCAUACGACUUUCCUGCCUACGAGGACGCCAGUCGGAAGUUCUAUGACGCUAUUAUGGCGACAGGCGGCCUUGUGCAGAGUGUCAGUAUCGACGAAGCGCUCAUCGAUAUCAGCACGAUUUGCAUAGCCGAAAGUGGUCAAGACGGAGUGAAGCGGAGUGAGGGUGCGGUACAUCGCGAGCAGAGCAAGGCAGACGAGCUUGGUCAGAGACUAAGGGAUGAAGUGUUGGAGAAGACUGGAUGUGCAGUGUCGGUCGGCAUUGGAGCGAACAUCUUGCAAGCAAAAGUUGCCCUUCGUAAAGCGAAGCCUGCGGGUCAGUACCAGCUCAAGCCGGAAGACGUUCUCGAUUUCAUUGGACAGCUCGAGGUACAAAAACUACCCGGCGUGGCUUGGAGCAUUGGCGGCAAGCUUGAGGAGAUCGGCAUUAAGCUGGUCAAAGACAUCCGCGACGUGUCCCGAGAGCGACUCAUCAACACGCUCGGUCCCAAGACAGGCGAGAAGAUCUGGGAGUACGCUCGUGGUAUCGACAAGACCGAAGUCGGAGAUCAGGUUGUGAGAAAGUCCGUCUCUGCAGAAGUCAACUGGGGUGUUCGCUUCGAGAAUAAUGAUCAAGUCGAUGAAUUCAUGCAAGGGCUCUGCGGAGAGCUCAACAAGCGACUAGUCAAAGAACGAGUCAAAGGCAAGCAGUUGACCAUGAAAGUCAUGAGGAGAGCGGCCAAUGCCCCACUGGAUCCGCCGAAGCAUCUCGGUCACGGAAAGUGUGAUGUCUACAACAAAAGCUCGCAGUUGGGAGUAGCGACGAACGAUCCCUCUGUGAUUACGAAGGAGGCGAUAGCUAUGCUGCGGUCCUUCAAGAUAUCGCCGGGCGAACUGAGAGGAAUCGGCGUGCAAAUGCAGAAGCUGGAGCCGAUCAAGUCUGGUGUGGACGGUGUUGAUCAAGGGAGUCAAAGGAGACUGCAGUUCAAAGCUGGUCCAGUCGCAAAGCCAGUAGUCGAAGAUGAGCCUUCAAAGGCGGUGGAGGAUGCGAUUGUGGAUGACAUCAAGACACCGCAGAAGGCGCGCAUACCAGCGGCCAACCGACCCAGUGCCGCAUUCACGCCGAUCGAGCCAGGCACGCCAUCACGGAAACCACUCAACACUCUGGGAACGCAAUUCAUACUUCCAACACAGGUCGAUCCCGCUGUGCUCGCCGAACUCCCGGAAGACAUCCGCGCUAAGCUCGCGAAGCAUGUCCCGAAGCCCGAAGCAAAGAAGCUCGAUUUACUGCCGACUGCCAACGUACCCUCCCGCGCCCAGUCUCCCGCCGUUGGUCUCCCGACUUUGACGCAGAUUGAUCCUGAUAUCCUCUCCGCUUUACCGGAUGAUGUUCGCGAUGAGAUCCUCGGAUUCUACAACCAGCCUGCUCCUGCCAAGCGACCUGAGCAGGCUGUCCUUCCCCAGUCGCCUCGUAAGACUCGCACACUGCCCGCCCCACGCCAGCCCGUCAAACGAGGCCGCGGUCGUCCUCGCGGUGGAUCCCUCCUCUCGAAUCGCCUGCGCUCCGCCGCCGGCGAAAGCAGUACCCUCACACAGUCCAACUUCGUCUCACGCCCGUCCGUUCCCACCACAACUUCCGCCACGACCACCGACAACGAACUCGAAGACAUCGACCCCGAAGUCCUCGCCGCCCUCCCCGAAGACCUUCGACUCGAAGUCCUCGCCCAACAACGAUCCGCCAAACUCCAACGCACAGGCGGCAUCGACCUGUCCCUCCAUGCCCGCCCAAAGACCGGCAAAACGAAAAAGCUGACCAGCCACAUCCCCGGUGAAGUUCUCGCGACAGGUGAUCGACACUUUCUUCUACCUCCUCAUGCGCCGAAGCCGAGUUUCACGUCGAGGAAGUUGACGGAGGUUGAAGAAUUGAGGACAGCAAUCAAGGCUUGGUUUGAGGAGUUCCGAGAUGAGGGACCUUAUGGAGAGGAUGUGGAGGCUUUGGGAAAGUAUCUUGGGGAGGUUGUGGGCAGUGAGGGGGAUUUGGAGAAGGCGGUCAAGGUCGCGAAGUGGGUGGGGUUUGUUGUUGAGGAGGGAGUGGAGGAAUGGGAUGAGGAGGAUGUGGUUGGGAGGUGGAGGGAUGCGGUUGCGAGGGUAGAGGAGUGUGUUAGGCUGAAGGCGAGGGAGAGGGGAAUCGAGGGAGUGGUUUUUUGA